CCCUGAUCCCCAGCGUGCCCGGUAUUCCUGGACCCCCUACCCAGAGCUGUGGCCCACAGUCUCCUUCCACCCAAAUGGACACCAAGAUGAGGUUGAAGUCAGCCCUGGCCAUGCAGUCCCACUCGAUGGUGAACGGGAAUAUGAUUCCCAGUCCGGUCAGCAGCAGCGGGAGCAGCAGCAGCGGGAGCAGCAGUGGGUUAUGGAGCUCCCAGCACAGUCACCUCCCAGCCGCGCUCUCCCCAUCACAGCCGCAGGACUCCCCAUCCCAGCCGACGGCGAGUUCCGGUGGGGGUAGGCGGAGACGGACGGCUGAGGAGGACCCAGACGAGCGGCGACGGCGCUUCCUGGAGCGUAACCGUGCGGCGGCGUCCCGGUGCCGGCAGAAGAGGAAGGUGUGGGUCAGCUCACUGGAGAAGAAGGCCGAGGAGCUGGGCCACAUGAACGUCCAGCUGCAGAACGAGGUCAGGCUGCUGCGCAGUGAGGUAGCCCAGCUCAAACAGCUGCUGCUGGCUCACAAGGACUGCCCUGUCACAGCCGUACAGAAACAGAUUCACAAAUACACCGACGACAGCCCCCACGACACGAACGAAGCCAUCAGCUCCCCGGCCGCUGUCAUCCAGCGAGGGUCAGCCCCCCCCAGCACUGCCCCUGGGGGAGGGGAGUCACGCGCGGCCGCUGAGGCGGUAGCUACCUCCGUCCUGGCGCAGAUGGCCACCCAGCGGGCGGGGGAUCUCGUCCCUGCCCCCUCCCACCACCACCCUCACCCUCACCCUCACCCCCAGGUCAUCAUCGCCCCACAGUCGCAGGCAGCAGCCGAGAGAUGAUCGGGGGGAGCCGGGGGGGGAGGGGAGAGAGCGUGCCCCGCCCGCUCGCGAGAGUU